CGAUAGCCUUAUCACAUUCUCUCCUGAACAAAGAGAGCGAUGCGGUGGGAGUUUUACUGGAACUCUCUUGUUUGUGAAAAGAUGAGCCCGUGACAGUGGGGAGCUGACUCUGCGAUUAUCAGAGCAUAGUACUCAUCGGUGCUAGACAACAGAGCGGAACAGUGCACAGCAGAAGGUAAACAAGGCCUUGAAUCAAUCAGCAGAUGUUUGAAAGCGGAGAACAGUUGAGAAAAAGGAUGUGGAGGCAGGCAGAGUUUGAUCAGGAGGUUAUAAGUAGAGCUGACCAUGCCUGGAAUACGAAAAGGACCUCAGCUGCUGCCCCGGGCCGGUCUGAUGCGAUUUGUCUGACCUCACCUUCUAUUUCGUCUCAUCGACUCCCCUGCCUGUUGCCUCUGCCGUUUUUUUUUUUUUUUGGUUCUGAUCGGAGCAAUGCAUCCAGAGCAUCCUCUUCCUCAGGCCAUGCCUUCCUCCUCCAUAGCAAAGCACCUGAGAGACAUGGCGAUGGGUCUUGGGAAAGGCAAGAACUUCCUCGGAGGAAACGCCACCUACGGUUUCAUCCAGUCGUUCAAGGAAUGCCUCUACUUCCUCCUCUGCUGCUGGUGCAUCAAGGAGAUCCUGGACUGAAGGACGGAAAAAGAGUGGAUCGAGUGGUCAAACGUUGAUUUUAGCUUUUUCUCCGUUGGCUCCUGUAGUGUAAAUUCAACCAGCUUUUAUUACAUUGGGAAUGGAGUGUUGGACCAGUGAUAAUAGCAAAGCAUUGGCAAGUACCAUUCUUGUCUAACAACAAGCUACUUGAGCACUCAGCCUAAAUGAUAAGAUUCCGUUCAUGUUUUGAAUUUCUCAAAACAAGGUUGUCAAUUUUGCUACACAGCAGCUAUUUCAAUGAGGAAUAGAUCAACUACAUCAUACAAUUAUUCUAUGUGUUGAAAAAUCUUUUUAAUCUGUUUUUCAGUGUCUGUAGGAUGCUCUUCUUUGGUCCAAGGAGAAACACUUUUACAGAAGCUCGAAAUGUUCACCCUGCUCAUCAGAUAUCUUGAGGAAUGGCAACCCUGAUGUGUACAAC